CUGACCAGGGCCCAUAGUGCUCUACCUCUGACCAGUAGUAUUGUGUAGUACAGGGCCUUGUGGUUGUGGUGUCCUCCUGUAGUAUUGUGUAGUACAGGGCCUUGUGGUUGUGGUGUCCUCCUGUAGUAUUGUGUAGUACAGGGCCUUGUGGUUGUGGUGUCCUCCUGUAGUAUUGUGUAGUACAGGGCCUUGUGGUUGUGGUGUCCUCCUGUAGUAUUGUGUAGUACAGGGCCUUGCGGUUGUGGUGUCCUCCUGUAGUAAUGUGUAGUACAGGGCCUUGUGGUUUCCUGCUGUGUUGAUAGGAGUGUAGGAGUCUCCUUAGGCUCCUCACUGACAGGACUGUGACAUGUACAGUAUGGAACACACUGCAGACAUAGAUACGCUGUACACACACACUCGUAUACAGAGGUACAGCAAUCCUGCGCACGCUCACACACACACACACACACACACACACAGCUCUUCAAGGGUUUGGCUGCGUAAUGAGUUUCAGUUGAUUUCUCAACAGUGACCGCAUCCGUUGAUGUAUUGUUUACCCUUAAGGCUAACCACACACACACACACACACACACACACACACACACACACACACACACACACACACACACAGUGCUUGAGGGUUGAUUAUCUCUGUGAAAUACUACAGGCCGCUGUCGUAUUUACUGUUCAUGGGGCAACAAUCACUCCCAAAUAUUUCUGAUAUCAGGAAACACAUUUUAGUGCUGCUCUAAGAAUAGAGAGAUAUUGACUAAAUAAUCACUUCCUCAAACACUGGUGCCACGAGUUGACAUCAGCUAACACCACAGCUAUGUAGACACACACACAGGAACGUGCACGCAAACAUGGACACAGAACAUACACACACAGGAACGCGCUCAAAUGCUCUGCUGUGUGACUCUGCUGAAAUGCAAUUUAAAACAUGUUUGAGAUUAAAUUGACCCUGAAUAAUGUUUCCCCCAGCCUUACAUUCACAUAUGGGCCCUAGCAGGAAGUCAGCUCCAGGAUAGAUGGUCAACUCUGAGCAGUUGUGUCCCAAAUGGCACUCUCUUCCCUAUGUAGUGCACUACUUUUGACUGGCUUCCUGCCCAAAUGAGUGCAUUAAAUAGGGAAGGGGUAGCCAUUUGAGACACAGAUUUGUGUUCAUGAUAUGAAGAGGAAGCUAAUAAGGACUUAGGAAUGUUGCUAUGGCGACUAUAGCUUCAGCCCUAUAGCAGAAUGCAAUACAUAGAAUCCUUUGUUGGACGUGUAUGUUGCAGGUAGAGUUGAGGUUGGGAUCAGGGAGGUAGCUGUAGUAAUGUAUGGUGCAGGUAGAGUUGAGGUUGGAAUCAGGGAGGUAGCUGUAGUAAUGUAUGGUGCAGGUAGAGUUGAGGUUGGGAUAAGGGAGGUAGCUGUAGUAAUGUAUGGUGCAGGUAGAGUUGAGGUUGGGAUCAGGGAGGUAGCUGUAGUAAUGUAUGGUGCAGGUAGAGUUGAGGUUGGGAUCAGGGAGGUAGCUGUAGUAAUGUAUGGUGCAGGUAGAGUUGAGGUUGGGAUCAGGGAGGUAGCUGUAGUAAUGUAUGGUGCAGGUAGAGUUGAGGUUGGGAUCAGGGAGGUAGCUGUAGUAAUGUAUGGUGCAGGUAGAGUUGAGGUUGGGAUCAGGGAGGUAGCUGUAGUAAUGUAUGGUGCAGGUAGAGUUGAGGUUGGGAUCAGGGAGGUAGCUGUAGUAAUGUAUGGUGCAGGUAGAGUUGAGGUUGGGAUCAGGGAGGUAGCUGUAGUAAUGUAUGGUGCAGGUAGAGUUGAGGUUGGGAUCAGGGAGGUAGCUGUAGUAAUGUAUGGUGCAGGUAGAGUUGAGGUUGGGAUCAGGGAGGUAGCUGUAGUAAUGUAUGGUGCAGGUAGAGUUGAGGUUGGGAUCAGGGAGGUAGCUGUAGUAAUGUAUGGUGCAGGUAGAGUUGAGGUUGGGAUCAGGGAGGUAGCUGUAGUAAUGUAUGGUGCAGGUAGAGUUGAGGUUGGGAUCAGGGAGGUAGCUGUAGUAAUGUAUGGUGCAGGUAGAGUUGAGGUUGGGAUCAGGGAGGUAGCUGUAGUAAUGUAUGGUGCAGGUAGAGUUGAGGUUGGGAUAAGGGAGGUAGCUGUAGUAAUGUAUGGUGCAGGUAGAGUUGAGGUUGGGAUCAGGGAGGUAGCUGUAGUAAUGUAUGGUGCAGGUAGAGUUGAGGUUGGAAUCAGGGAGGUAGCUGUAGUAAUGUAUGGUGCAGGUAGAGUUGAGGUUGGGAUAAGGGAGGUAGCUGUAGUAAUGUAUGGUGCAGGUAGAGUUGAGGUUGGGAUAAGGGAGGUAGCUGUAGUAAUGUAUGGUGCAGGUAGAGUUGAGGUUGGGAUCAGGGAGGUAGCUGUAGUAAUGUAUGGUGCAGGUAGAGUUGAGGUUGGGAUAAGGGAGGUAGCUGUAGUAAUGUAUGGUGCAGGUAGAGUUGAGGUUGGGAUAAGGGAGGUAGCUGUAGUAAUGUAUGGUGCAGGUAGAGUUGAGGUUGGGAUCAGGGAGGUAGCUGUAAUAAUGUAUGGUGCAGGUAGAGUUGAGGUUGGGAUCAGGGAGGUAGCUGUAAUAAUGUAUGGUGCAGGUAGAGUUGAGGUUGGAAUCAGGGAGGUAGCUGUAAUAAUGUAUGGUGCAGGUAGAGUUGAGGUUGGGAUUAGGGAGGUAGCAUGUUAAAAACAUUUAAUGAGCAAGCCUUCCUUCUUCUUGGAUAUUUUCACUGGUAUUGUUAACAAACACGCCCACAUAAAGAAAAUGAGAAUUAAAAACAGGUUCGGCCCCUGGUUCGACCGUGAUCUGGAGUUAUUCCACCACAAGAAUUGAAUUUGGUGAAAGGCUCUGCACACACAUACUCAGGCUGACUGGCUAUAGUUCAGGCAAAUGAUUAAUAA